AAAUUAAAGAUGAAUUUGUUAAGGAUUAAUAAAUUAUUAUUAUUAAUAUUGAUUAAUUUUACAAUAAUAUUUGUCGUUUGUUCCAAUGCCACUUUGACCGAAGAUAAAGAAUUAGCUAAAAGUUUAAAAGACUCUUUUGCCGACGACAAUUUCAUAAUCGUUGUCAAUGACAUUAGAACGAGAAAAAAACCUAAUACAGAAGCAGAACCCUUAUUGGCAAUUAAAUAUGGCGAAUCAAAUAAAAAAACUGUUCUGAUGCUUGACAGGCGUACGAAUCGUGUUAUUUUGGAAAAUUUACAUUCCAAUGGUCGACGUACUACCAAACACAUAACCGUUGAUAAUUUGUACGGAUCGUUAAAAAAUUUAAUUAUUUACGUGGAUCAAAAACAAUCGGAAUCUCGUAUCGAUGUUUACAUCGAUUGCAAUUAUCAAGGAUCGAUAGAUAUGAAAAAAAAUUUUCGAGAACUUACCGCGGAGGAGGAUAUUUUCUCCAUCGAAGUGUUUCGAGAAAACAAAUGUAAAAUAAAAGUUCAUCGUGAGGAUUCCAUCAACAAGAUAUUGAAAAAUGAACAAUGUUCAAAGUCUCUCGAUAGUUCAUCAGAUUUAUUUGAUAAUAAUUUUUCAUUGGACAUUGAUAUCUCGUCUAAUAAUAACAAUAAUAAUAAUAAUAAUAAGGAUCGAAUUAAAAAAGGAUCGUACGAAUUUAAUCAUUCCAAUUUAUCAUUCGAAUCUUCUUCAUCGGUUGCACACAAAAGAAAUGUCAGAAGGGGUGACAUUGGAAUACAAAGUUUGGAUGAAAAAAUUUGCUUGACGGACGGUCAAUUAACUAAAACUUUGAACGAACUUAUUCAAGCUACGAAAAGAAUUUGGAACGAACUCGAGAUGAAUAGAAGAGAGACACAAGAAUUAAGAAUGCUAAUCGAAAAUUGUGUGGCUUGUCGUCAAGGUUUGGUCGUAUCAACAACAACAACAACAACAACACCACGACCAAUAUCCUGCAACUACCAAUCACCAUGUUAUCCUGGAGCUCAGUGUCAUGAUUCAUCAAGGGGACCAAUUUGUGGUAGUUGUCCAAGAGGUAUGACAGGUGAUGGUCGUAAUUGUUUGAAGAUAACAACUUGUUUGGACAAUCCAUGUUUCCCUGGUGUACGUUGCGAGGAUCAUCGUCAUGGUUAUAGAUGCGGCAAAUGUCCAAAUGGCUAUCACGGUAAUGGUGAACGUUGCGAACGUAGAAGAAACAGUUGCGAAACUCGUCCAUGUUAUACUGAAGUUGAAUGCAUUCCAACUAAUUACCCGCCAUUUUUUAGAUGCGGAAGUUGUCCAGCUGGUUUAACAGGUAAUGGUACAUCAUGUCAAGAUUUGAACGAAUGCGAGGUAGAACGUCCAUGUUUUCCCGGUGUACGAUGUAUCAAUCUACGUCCUGGAUUCAGGUGUGAAUCCUGUCCACCAGGAUACACAGGUCCAUCGUUCGAAGGUGUUGGUAUUGAAAUGAUCAGGAGUCAAAAACAAAUCUGUCGUGAUAUUAACGAAUGCGAGAUUAAUAAUGGUGGAUGUGACAUACAUUCUGAAUGUAUUAAUACAGAAGGUUCUUUCAGAUGUGAACCUUGUAGGAAUGGUUUUGUCGGCAAUGAGACAACAGGGUGUCGUCCUAGUCAAGAAAUUUGUCCGGACAUGUCGACCAUUUGUGAUUUAAAUGCUUAUUGCGUAUGCAUAAGUUUGAACGAUUACACCUGUCGGUGUCGAGUCGGUUGGGCUGGAAAUGGAAACUAUUGUGGAUUGGACACCGACAGCGAUGGUGUCCCUGAUAAAACCUUAAAUUGUCACGGUCAUUCCUGUAGAAUGGACAAUUGUCCUUUGGUACCUAAUAGUGGUCAGGAGGAUGCUGAUAAAGAUGGUAUAGGUGAUGCCUGCGACGAAGAUGCCGACAACGAUGGUAUAUUAAAUUCAUCGGACAAUUGUCCUUGGGUACGUAAUCCAAGCCAGGGAGACAACGAUCGUGACGGAUCCGAUGGUAUUGGUGAUAUAUGCGACAAUUGUCCAUAUGACAACAAUCCACGUCAAUGGGACACCGAUGGGGAUGGUAUUGGUGAUGCCUGUGACGAUGAUAUCGACAAUGAUGACAUUUCAAAUCGUUUGGAUAAUUGUCCAAAGAUAAGGAACAACGAUCAAAUCGAUACCGACAACGACGGAAUUGGUGACAAAUGCGACAAUUGUCCUUACAUGCCUAAUCCUGAUCAAAACGAUCGGGACGGUGAUAACGUUGGUGAUUUGUGCGACAACGACAACGAUCGGGAUUUGGAUGGCAUACAAGACGAUCGUGACAAUUGUCCCAACGUUGCUAAUCCUGGCCAAGGUGAUAUAGAUCGCGAUAGGAUUGGUGAUGCUUGUGACGAUGACAUCGAUGGUGACGGUGUCAAAAAUCGUCGUGACAAUUGUCCGUUCGUUUAUAAUCCAUAUCAAGAGGAUAUUAACAAGGAUGGUAUAGGUGAUCUUUGUUGGAACGAUUAUGACAACGAUACAGUCAUCAAUUAUCUCGACAAUUGUCCCAACAAUAGUCAAAUAUGGACUACGGAUUUUCGUAAAUACGUUACCAUCAAUUUAGAUCCUAGCGGUGAUUCCCAAGAAGAUCCAUCUUGGAUAAUACGUCACAAUGGUGCUGAAAUACAACAAACCCUUAACAGCGAUCCUGGAUUUGCCAUAGGACCCGACGUUUUUGCCGGAGUUGAUUUCGAGGGUACAUUUUACGUGGACGACGACAACGACGACGAUUACGUUGGUUUCGUAUUUUCUUGCCAAAGCAAUCGCAGAUUCUACGUGGUAACGUGGAAAAAAGCUGAUCAACCAUAUUGGGAAACUACACCGUUCCGUGCAAUAGGUGAUUCUGGUAUCCUACUAAGGCUCGUUGACUCGGAAACUGGACCAGGUGUAAUACUCAGAAAUAGUCUUUGGCAUAAUCAAGACGUACCUAACCAAAUGAAAAUAUUAUGGAGAGAACCAAGCAAAUAUGGUUGGAGACAAAGGGUACCCUACAGAUGGCACCUCUUGCACAGACCUCAAGUUGGUUUGAUCAGAUUUUGGCUUCAUCAGGGCAAAAAACUUAUCACCGAUUCAGGAAACAUUUAUGAUUCCACUUUGCAAGGUGGCAGGCUUGGUGUUUAUUGUUUCUCACAAGAAAAAAUCACUUGGUCCGAUUUGCUUUAUACCUGCAAAGAUUCCGUUACGCAAGAAGUAUGGAACGAUUUACCAAAUGAUUUGAAAAAACAAGUUAUAGUUGAAAAUACUAGAUCCCAAAAUAAUCCUGAUACUUCAUCGCAUCGUCGAAUGAAGUAUAUUGAUACAUUUUAGAAACAAGAAACAAAACAAAAAAUGUCA